AUGGGCAGGGCCGGGGCCAUGAGCGUGGCCGGGCUGGGGGCCGCCGGGCGGGGGGCAGCCGUGCGGGACUACAACGCGGACCUGCAGGAGGGGCUGGCGGAGCUGCGCGCCCGGCGGCGGGAGCUGAGCGGCCGGAUCCGGGAGGAGCAGGCGGAGCGGGACCGGCUGCAGGGGCGGAUCGUGGCGCUCACCAAGCGGCUGCUCCGCACCAGCGAGAGCCUGGCCCAGCUCCUGGCCGAGCGCGCACAGCUCGACGGCGUGAUCGCCGAGACAGAGGCGGCCUGCGCACAGAUCCUGGAGGCAUUGCCAGCUGACCUGAAGCGAGGGGCUAGGGGUGCCGGUAAAGCCGGCGAGCCGCAACACACUUCCAAAGGACCACAAGCAGGUGAAGAACAGCAUGGCUAAGCUGCUUUAAUAAAAACCUUUGCUUUGCAGAAGUAAAUUUUCCUUCCAGAUGCACUUUGGUAUUAGUUAGAGAGCUACUACAGUUAAUCCUCAAACCCUAGGGAGGAAGGUAGGCAUCUACCCAAAAAAACCCCAAAGCCUUUAUUUUGAGCACAGUGACACCGAAGCAUAGCCCAGGAGGUGAAGCUUCUGCCCUCAGAGAGCAUUCAUCUUGCUCUGCCAAGAGCAAGCUCAGGGUUCAUCUGCUACAGACAGGGAUUGGAGGAUGACUGCAGGUAGUGCAAAGGCAGCACUCAGUGAGGUGCCAGUCACAGCUGCAGGGGA